AUGGCGGGGAUCACGACCCUCUUCAAGAGACUCGAGGUGCCGUAUGAAGGUGGCACCAUCCCCAACCGAUGGAUCAACAACGAUAUCAAACCCAUUGAAGCGGGCCGGCGGACAUGGACCUUUUGGACCUUCCACAACCUAUGGGUCCUAACCAACACCAAUAUCUCAACCUACAUGACCGGCAGUUCGCUCAUCGCCCUGGGGCUGACAUGGUGGCAGGCCAUCAUCGCCAUCGGCGUUGGCGCAUUCUUAUCGACCGUCUUCAUCAUCUUAAACUCCAUGACCGGAUCCUACUAUCAUCUCGGCUUUCCCAUUGCGAAUCGCUAUUCCUGGGGACUCUAUGGCGCUUCCUUCGUCAUCUACAACCGGAUCCUCCUGUCUCUGGUCUGGUAUGCUGUCCAAGCGUGGAUCGGCGGUCGCUGCGUCUAUGUCUGUCUGGAAGCCAUCUGGCCGAAUCUCGAGGAGCGAAUCCCCAAUCACAUCCACGCGACCGGCUUGACAUCUGCCAGUUUCCUGACAUACAUGAUCUUCUGCAUCAUUUCGUUGCCUUUGAUCUGGAUCCGUCCCCACAAACUGAAGAAGUUCUUGUACCUGGCCGUCGCGUCGAUCUUCGUCUUUGAGAUUUCCCUCCUGAUUUGGGCCCUGGCUACCAUGGAUGGCUUCGGCGAUACGAUUUCCAGCCAACCCACGACCCAGGACCACUCGAUCGGCUGGACGAUUCUGUUCGGCAUCAUCAGCACGGUCGGAGGCAUUUCGGCCGGAAUCCUCAAUCAGAAUGACUACGCCCGUUUCGCGCGUCGGCCUCGAGACGCCAUCCUGGGCCAACUUGCGGCAUCUGGCACAUACUAUCUCCUCAGCUCUGUGGUCGGCAUUCUCGUCACAGCCGCGACACAACGACGUUACGGUGCUCCUCUAUGGAGUCUGCCGGAUCUACUCAUUGCCAUGAUGCACGCCGGCGGUUCUCGAUCGCGAGCCGCUGGAUUCUUCGCCGGCGCUGCCCUCGUCAUUUCUCAAUGGGGCAUCAAUAUUCCUGGCAACGCGCUGUCCGGCGGGUUUGAUUUCGCCGCCACCUUUCCCAAGUACAUCAACAUUCGACGAGGGGCGUACUUGACGGCAUUGUUGUCGAUGGUUGUCAAUCCGUGGCAAUUACUCGCAACCGCAUCGACGUUUUUGACCGUGUUGUCGGGGUAUGUCGUCUUUUUGGGCCCCAUGAUCGGUGUCAUGGUCAGUUCGUACUUCAUCGUCAAUCGCCAGAAAAUCAAGGUCGAUGAUCUGUACCGAGGGGACAAAAGCAGCAUUUAUUGGUAUACGUGGGGAAUUAAUUGGCGGGCUCCUGUGGCGUGGGCAUGCGGUGUCGCACCCUCAAUGCCAGGCUUCAUCUCCAACGUCAACCACGGCAUCAAAGUCUCCAUCGGCUGGACGCGCGUGUACUACAUUUCGUUCCUCGUCGGAUUCUCCGUCACUACCGUCGUCUUCGUUGGGCUUCAUCAUUUCCUCCCCGCCCCGAGCGUCAAGGAUUUCGUCAAGACCCCUGCCUCUGCAAAACAGGUCAUGGCCGAGUCUCAGGCCAAGUGGGAUGGUGAAGUCGCCGUGGAUUCGCACCAUGUUCUGCCCAAGGAUUUUGUCGAUACGGAGCGGUUUCCUAAGGAUAUCUAG